UCAGAGUUGAGGUUUGUGUCGUUUGGCCGUCCAUAGCGGUAGUGUCGAGACGCUUUGCUGUAUUGACGUCAGUCUUCGUCUGGCUUGGCUUUAGAGAGGAAAAAUGGCUACGAAAGGCAAAGACGAUGAUCAGUAUGGGAGAUCUGACAGUUAUCGGGUGGCUGUCACACCGACUGUACCUGAUGAUGGAAGAACUCCUGAUGGUCGACCUAAGUCAAAGAGGAGGAGGUUUGCGGGAAAGAAUAAAAAGAAGGCUGACAUGGAAGAUCUUAAGCAGGACAAAUAUUUGGACUUUCAUCGACGUAUUUUGUAUUAUUCGGACAUUCACCAGAGAAUAUCGACAUUCUCUAAUUUUGGUCUUUCACAUGCUCAAGCGAAAGAAGUCUAUGAACGUGAUGGUCCAAAUUCUUUAACACCACCAAAAAAGAUACCCGAGUGGGUGAAAUUCUGUAAAAAUCUAUUUGGUGGAUUUUCUUUGCUUUUAUGGAUAGGAGCAGUACUUUGUUUUAUUGCAUAUUCUAUUCAAGCUAGCACAUUUGAAGAACCUCCAGAUGAUAAUUUAUAUCUAGGAAUAGUUUUAUCCACUGUUGUGAUUGUUACUGGAUGUUUUUCUUAUUACCAAGAAGCAAGAAGUUCAAAAAUUAUGGAAUCUUUUAAAAAUAUGGUUCCUCAAUUAUAUCUAGGAAUAGUUUUAUCCACUGUUGUGAUUGUUACUGGAUGUUUUUCUUAUUACCAAGAAGCAAGAAGUUCAAAAAUUAUGGAAUCUUUUAAAAAUAUGGUUCCUCAAUAUGCAACUGUUAUCAGAGAAGGCCAAAAAUUUACCUUUCCUGCUGAAGAAGUUGUUGUAGGAGAUAUUGUUGAAGUAAAAGGUGGAGAUAGAAUACCUGCUGAUAUAAGAGUUAUUUCUUCCCAAUCUUGUAAAGUAGAUAAUUCUUCUCUGACUGGAGAAUCAGAACCUCAGACUCGUUCUCCUGAAUUAACUAAUGAGAAUCCAUUGGAAACCAGAAAUUUGGCAUUCUUUUCUACCAAUUGUGUGGAAGGUGCUGCACGUGGAGUUGUUAUCAAUACUGGAGAUAGGACUGUUAUGGGUAGAAUUGCUAAUUUAGCAUCUGGUUUAGAAAUGGGUGAUACACCAAUUGCCAGAGAGAUUGCUCAUUUUAUUCACAUUAUCACGGGUGUUGCUGUAUUUUUGGGUGUUUCAUUUUUUGUCAUUGCAUUUAUUUUGGGAUAUUACUGGCUUGAUGCUGUUAUUUUCUUAAUUGGUAUUAUUGUUGCAAAUGUACCUGAAGGAUUAUUAGCAACAGUUACAGUAUGCUUAACUUUAACUGCUAAACGUAUGGCAUCUAAGAACUGCCUUGUAAAAAAUUUAGAGGCUGUAGAAACUUUAGGUUCAACUUCAACUAUUUGUUCAGAUAAAACUGGUACUCUCACUCAGAAUCGUAUGACUGUAGCUCAUAUGUGGUUUGAUAAUCAAAUUAUAGAAGCAGAUACAACAGAAGAUCAGUCUGGACUCCAGUAUGACAAAACUUCGCCUGGCUGGAAAGCAUUAUCUCGUGUAGCAUGUUUAUGUAGUAGAGCAGAAUUUAAACCUGGUCAAGAAAAUAUUCCCAUCUUAAAAAGAGAUUGCACUGGUGAUGCUUCUGAAUCAGCUAUCUUAAAAUGUAUGGAACUUGCAAUAGCAAAUGUAAUGGCUUAUCGCCAGCGAAAUCCUAAAGUUUGUGAAAUUCCCUUCAAUUCAACAAAUAAAUAUCACGUAACUGUUCAUGAAACAGAAGAUACUACUGACCCUAGUUAUCUUCUUUGUAUGAAAGGUGCACCAGAGAGGGUGCUUGAUAGAUGCUCAACAAUAUUCAUUAAUGAUAAAGAAAAAGUAUUAGAUGAAGAAAUGAAAGAAGCAUUUAAUAAUGCAUAUUUAGAACUUGGUGGCUUAGGUGAAAGAGUUAUAGGUUUCUGUGAUUAUAAACUUCCAUCAGACAGAUUUCCUUCUGGUUAUCCUUUUGAUCCAGAUGAGCAAAAUUUUCCAUUAGAUGGUCUUCGUUUCUUAGGUUUAAUUUCAAUGAUUGAUCCCCCUCGUGCCGCUGUACCUGAUGCUGUAGCUAAAUGCCGAAGUGCUGGAAUUAAAGUUAUUAUGGUAACUGGUGAUCAUCCAAUUACGGCAAAAGCUAUUGCAAAAGCUGUGGGCAUUAUCUCUGAAGGAAAUGAAACUGUUGAGGAUAUUGCUCAAAGAUUAAACAUUCCAGUAGAUGAAGUUAAUCAAAGGGAUGCAAAAGCUGCAGUUGUUCAUGGUGGAGAAUUGAGAGAGAUGACUUCAGAACAACUUGAUGAUGUCCUUAUAAAUCAUACAGAGAUUGUCUUUGCUCGAACUUCGCCUCAACAGAAAUUAAUCAUUGUUGAAGGAUGUCAGAGGAUGGGUGCUAUUGUUGCUGUAACUGGAGAUGGUGUAAAUGAUUCACCAGCUUUGAAAAAAGCUGAUAUUGGUGUUGCUAUGGGAAUUGCUGGUAGUGAUGUCAGUAAACAAGCUGCUGAUAUGAUUCUCUUAGAUGAUAACUUUGCAUCAAUUGUGACGGGUGUUGAAGAAGGUCGUUUGAUUUUUGACAAUCUGAAAAAAUCUAUUGCAUAUACUUUGACGAGCAAUAUACCAGAAAUUACUCCAUUUUUAUUCUUCAUCUUAUGUGAUAUUCCACUGCCACUUGGUACUGUCACUAUACUAUGCAUUGAUUUGGGUACAGAUUUGGUUCCUGCUAUCUCACUUGCUUACGAACAAGCUGAAAGUGACAUCAUGAAGCGACAGCCCAGAGAUCCUGUUAAAGAUAAACUUGUAAAUGAAAGGUUAAUUUCAAUGUCUUAUGGACAAAUUGGCAUGAUGCAAGCAGCAGCUGGAUUCUUUGCUUACUUUGUGAUAAUGGGUGAGAAUGGAUUUUGGCCAAGCCGACUGUUAGGAUUAAGGAAAGAAUGGGAUUCUAAGGCUAUCAAUGAUCUUCCUGAUUCAUACAAUCAAGAAUGGACUUUUAAAGAUCGUAAGACACUAGAAUAUACUUGUCAUACAGCAUUUUUUGUUUCUAUUGUAAUUGUGCAAUGGGCUGAUUUAAUUAUUUGUAAAACAAGGAGGAAUUCUGUUUUCCAUCAAGGAAUGAAGAAUCAUAUUUUAAAUUUUGGUCUUGUUUUUGAGACCGUAUUGGCUGCAUUCUUAUCAUACUGCCCAGGAAUGGACAAAGGGCUUCGUAUGUAUCCACUAAAAUUUGUUUGGUGGCUUCCUGCAAUACCUUUCUCCUUACUAAUCUGGGUGUAUGAUGAAGUUAGAAGAUUCAUCUUGCGUCGUAAUCCUGGUGGAUGGAUUGAGAGGGAAACAUAUUAUUAAACUGCUCACAUUUUUUACAUCAGAUGUCAUUAAGAUGAACUUUCCAUAUUUUUUCCCUCUUGUUUUUAUAUAACAUUUGCAUUUGUCUUGACUCUAUCUUGGAAGUUUCUCAUAGCAGUGUGUUCCGAAAUUGCCGAAAAUAUUAAUUCUACAAUGUUCACUUCUGCCCAUAGUGUGAUUUAGAAAGGAAUGUUGAAGUAAGCUGGAGGCUGCUAAAAAAACAAAAAAAAUGCUAAAUGUAUUAUUGUUGAAAUAAUGGGAAUUUGGGAUAUAUUGUGCCUACAACUUAUUUGAUAUGCAUUGUGGCCCUUCAAAGUCAGUGCAGAAUGCAAUA